UUGGGCGGCUCCUCGGCGGGUGGUGGCGGUGGCCUUAGCGGUUCCUCCUGGCCCUGUUAAUGUCAGGGCCAAGCCCGGGGAGGAUGGCGCCCUAGAGCCUGGCCUUGCUGGGGUAGGGGCGGGAGGGGGCCGGGGCGGGGACCGGCCAUGUCGGAGGUGACCCGGAGUCUGCUGCAGCGCUGGGGCGCCAGUCUUAGGAGAGGCGCCGACUUCGACUCUUGGGGCCAGCUGGUGGAGGCGAUAGACGAGUAUCAGAUAUUAGCAAGACACUUACAGAAGGAGGCCCAAGCUCAACACAAUAAUUCUGAAUUCACAGAAGAACAAAAGAAAACCAUAGGCAAGAUUGCAACAUGUUUGGAAUUGCGAAGUGCAGCAUUACAGUCCACACAGUCCCAAGAAGAGUUUAAACUGGAGGACCUGAAGAAGCUGGAACCAAUCCUGAAGAAUAUUCUUACAUAUAAUAAAGAAUUCCCAUUUGAUGUUCAGCCUAUCCCAUUAAGACGGAUUUUAGCACCUGGUGAAGAAGAGAAUUUGGAAUUUGAAGAAGAUGAAGAAGGUGGUGCUGGAGCAGGACCUCCUGAUUCUUUCUCGGCUAGAGUCCCUGGUACUUUAUUGCCACGGUUGCCAUCAGAACCGGGGAUGACGUCACUCACCAUCAGGAUUGAGAAAAUUGGUCUGAAAGACGCUGGGCAGUGCAUCGAUCCCUACAUCACAGUCAGCGUGAAAGAUUUGAAUGGCAUAGAUUUAACUCCUGUACAAGAUACUCCUGUGGCUUCAAGAAAAGAAGAUACUUAUGUUUAUUUUAAUGUGGACAUUGAGCUCCAGAAACAUGUUGAAAAGUUAACCAAAGGUGCGGCCAUUUUCUUUGAAUUCAAACAUUACAAGCCUAAAAAGAGGUUUACCAGCACCAAGUGUUUUGCCUUCAUGGAGAUGGAUGAAAUUAAACCUGGGCCAAUCGUAAUAGAACUAUACAAGAAACCCACUGACUUUAAAAGAAAGAAAUUGCAAUUAUUGACCAAGAAACCACUGUAUCUUCAUCUACAUCAAAGUUUGCACAAGGAACGACCCUGAUACAAAUAAGCAAGAACUUGUGUGAAUUUUACCACUCAGAAACCAUCAUAGCUCUGUGUAGCAUCAUCAUCCUUCAACAGACAGGAAAUGAGCCCUACCCAUGCCAGUUGACCAAGCAAGUCUAUUGCACAGCUGGACCCCAGAACAAAAGUUCAGCACGUCACUGACCUAUCACUCCUUUGGAUACAGGUUUAUUGUAGAUUUUGAAACAUUUUUACUUUUCUAUUAAUUGUGCAAUUGAUAGCCUAUUCUCUCAUUGCCACUACUACCCUGUUUCCCGGACAGUGCUGUUGUGGUAGAUGUGCAGAACUUCAGACAAUGCAGCAAUAAGAAUGUGCUAGAGUUUACAUCUCUGCUCACGUCUGCUCCAGUGUGCUCUUCUGGUAUAAAUAUCACGCCGUGAGUUGAGGUGGGUAGAACUGCUGAGAGGAAUUGGACUAGUUACAUUGCCUAGCAGAGACUCCUUAGAAGAGACCUAGCCUGAUGCCCUGGGCCCCUGCAUAGAAAGUGUGGCCUGGCCAAAUGAGAAUCCCCAUUGAGUGUUCCCCGGAUGACCAGAUUGAUUUCCUGAAGAGAGCACAUGUGUAAUCAGGUGGAUUAUCUGUUCUUCUCUAGUGUACUGCUAACUCUUUCUGGUAGAUUCUAGGGUUAACCAUCUCAGAAUAACUAUGGAUUUUAAAAUGUGUUUACAGCAUCUGUUAAAUGGUAUCAUUUAGGAACAGCUGAGUCAGAUGUUAAGAUGCUGCGGGAUAACUGCUGCUUUCCUGACCACCCGUUGUGAGACCUUAAGACCGCAUACCUCUCCUUAGUAUGCAAUAAUCUGGAAAGACUGUCUAUUUUUUUUUUAAUAUAGGUAGAUAAGAUUGCCAUUUACUUCCUAUUUAGAUACAGUCAUUCAUCCAUAUGAAAAUAUGCAGGUCAUUAGUUUAUUUUGAAUGGACUAUUUACUUUUGGUGUAACGAGGCAUAAAUAAAACUUUCAAAGCACA